UUUGAUGUCGGGGCCGCGUAUAAAAAUAACAUUGGAUUGUCGCGUCGGGUCCGGAGGGCUGUACCCGCCUGUGCCAUGGUUCUGAUGAUGGCUCCGAAGAUAUUGUACCUGACCGCGGUGGUGAUGUUAGGUACACAAGUGACGUCACUAACAGCAGCCCCGCCCUCUGACGGGAAUUUCCCACCGCGGCCGAAAGAAGGCCGAGUCACCACGAGGUACUGUGAGUUCUACAAUGGCUCACAAACUUCUACUUGCGACACUGCCAAUAAUUCCACAUGUGUCCCUAAUGUUAUUAAAGAAGAGUGCCAACCCGUCGAAGCAGACAAAAGUAAUCAUUGCUUCGUGUUGUGGCAGUUCGACAAUGAAACCAACAAGACGUAUCUGAAGGUGAAAGGGUGUUUCGUGGACACUGUCUCCUGCACAGACAGGGCCUCCAACUGCCGGCUCCACAACUCCAAGCUGCCGCUCCUCCACUGCUGCUGUGAAGGAGACAUGUGCAAUCAGAAUGCAGUGUUCCCUGGUAUAGAGGCUGGCAUGUCAGCUCAAACUGAAAUACCACCCGAGAGAGUACCCGCCUCAGCAGUACCCAACGCUGAUGACGAUACACAAGCAGUGAUAGCUUACACUCUAACACCACUGUUCCUCUUGUUCGCGAUCCUAGUCGGCUGUUAUCUGCUGUACAGAAAGCGCAAAGGAACGUCAUUUGCUGAGCUAGCUAAUGGAGAAGCGUCAUUAUCGAGACCACCGUCGGCCGGCGCUGGAAUGGAAAACGAGGCUGUCGGACUAGUGGGCCAGGUCACGCUCUGCGAGGUCAGAGCUCGCGGCCGAUUCGGAGCCGUGUGGAGAGCGAAACUUGGACAACGAGACGUCGCAGUGAAAGUGUUCCCCUUGCAAGACAAACAAUCGUGGCUCGCUGAGCAGGAGAUCUUCAGGCUGGCGAGGAUGGAUCACCCAGACAUCCUACAUUACAUCGGCGUAGACAAGAAGGGCGACAACCUACAGGCUGAAUAUUGGCUCGUCACAGCUUACCAUGAGAAGGGUUCUCUAUGCGACUAUCUAAAAGGUCACACGUUAACUUGGGUGGAAGCUUGGCGUAUAGCGGCGUGCGUGGCACGUGGGCUCGCUCAUCUGCAUGAAGAGGGAGGCGGGAAGCCGGCCGUCGCUCACCGAGACUUCAAAUCUAAGAACGUUCUCCUGAAAGCUGACUUAAGUGCUUGUAUUGCGGACUUUGGACUGGCAUUAAUAUUCGUGGCUGGACGAGGAUGUGGUGAUGCACAUGGACAGGUUGGAACUCGACGGUAUAUGGCGCCGGAGGUACUGGACGGAGCUAUCAACUUCACAAAGGACGCCUUCCUAAGGAUAGACAUGUAUGCCUGCGCGCUAGUGCUGUGGGAGAUCGCGUCAAGAUGCAGCGACGCAGCCCCAGAAUUACCAGGACAGUACCGUCUGCCGCUCGAAGAAGAAGUGGGUUCACAUCCCAGUCUUGAAGAAAUGCAGGAAGCCGUGGUACAGAGGAAACUCAGGCCACAUAUACCACCGCACUGGCGUAAUCAUCCCGGUCUAUCAGUACUAUGCGACACAAUGGAAGAAUGCUGGGACCACGACGCGGAGGCUCGGCUGUCCGCGUCGUGUGUCCUGGAGCGGGUCUGUGCCCAGCAGCCCGCGACGAUGGCGCCGGCGCUGACCCCGGACACGACGCCCCUCCUCAUCCACGAGCUCGCAGACCAGCAGCCCUGCUGACGUCACACCUACGUCGAACUGCCGCUCAUACAGUUCUGAACAACAUACUAGGUACAGACAACAAUCGUUUAGUUAGUUAAAGUGAAUAUUUUUUUAUCCUUCGCUGUACCUACAAGUGUUGCAAGGUUUGCUGUGACCGGUGUGUUAAAGGUAAAGUACAAAUAUUAUGAUGUGGACAAUCAAUUAUACAUUCUACUAUGUAUUAUUGUAGCUGAUGGUGUUUCAAGGUGGUAUCGCAAUAUUCUAAGGGUCUUAUAGAGUUGUCCUUUAUUUCAUUUUUUCAUCUUUAUAAGGGUGGUAACAUUGACAAUAUAUUGUAAAACAUGGCUAUAAAAAUGCUUAUAUUAAUCGUUCAGUCCAAUUUUAAAAUUGUUAUGAUUGUUAAAAUACUUUUGGUAUUGUAUUUUUUUUGUUAUUUGUAGUAUAGCCUAAUUUUACAGUACCACCUGAAACUAUAUUCCAUAUACACACAACCUAGUUUAAUAAAAGUAUUAUAAUAUUUCAAAUCAUUUGGAUGUACAUCAAUGAAUUCAAUACCACUGUGUGUGUGUAUGUGUAAUGCAGUUUCUUCAUCAUUUAUUUAUACGACAUUAAUGUGAAAUAAUCAAUUGACUUCGAACCUUAUUUUAGAUAUAUUUUUUUUUUAUAUUGGCAGCACCGAUAACUAUUACAUCAGCUAAAACCACAGGGGUAAACGAAUCUAAACAUUGUAAACGUUUUACGAUUAUUUAAAAAAAUAUUUUGUUUUGGAAUCAAUUUACUAAUGCGCACAAUAUAUUUGAAUGGCACAUCAAUUAACGAAGCACAUAGUCCAAUAAUAUGUUCUGCGAUAAUUUAAUUUGGGCACAAAGCAAUAGGAAUUGAAAUGAAAUCGAAAGUCACUACUAGUGUUACGUAAUUGUAUCCGAAACCCUGUUCCGCCUUGUAGACUCCUAGACAUCUAGUCCUUAGCUAAACGACUGGUAAUUUGUACUCGUGUCGCAAUCUUGCGUCAUAAAAAAAGAAAAACGCAUAUUAGACUGCCACAAAACCUGUUUAAAAUGAAACUAGAAAAUUUCUAUAUUAAUAAUGCGACACGAUUCACUAAAUUAUGUUCGUUUGGCUCCUUUAAAAGCCGAACGACGAAUCUACAAGUAAAAUAUAGAAAACGUUUAAACAAAUAGCUGUGUUUAAAUUCAACUUCGGUUCACAGAUUGAACCAGACUAGCUGACUAGUAUAAACGACAACGACCCUUUUUCCGAAGCAACUGUAAUAACUCAUCUCUAAAUGCUAUUCUCGUAGCGAUCGGGUCGAUUCCAAAAUUAGAACGCGUCCUUUUUAAUGAUCUAUGAGAUUCCGACAUGCCUAAUUAAGGGCAGCUCGCCUUUGAAUAUUUAAAAGGGUAAAGAAAUUACGACAGGAUAUGCGAAUACUUUAUAUGUACACCAUACAUGAUGGGUCAAUUGAAAAAAGUAGCAACAUUUGGGGUUAAAAUGUCCUAUAUAAAGUCCCGCGUCCGAAAUAUCUGCAAGGCACGUUGUUCUAAGCGUACCAACAAGUACAAUCUAUUAGAGCGAGUAGACCCAGGCUAGACAUUAAAUUGGUUGCCACACAAACAACUUACUGAGUUAUUCAUAAGCAUCCUUCGUAAACAUCCUACCACGAUCUAAUGUAUGGUAAUUGUCGUUCGCGCUCCCUUUCCUUAACCGUUGGGACUUCCUGGCACUUGAUACGUCGUACCACGUUAGCGGCGCAGUAACAUAAUGUUCCUGAUAAAUAGGAUUAUAUCAAACUAUUAUCUGUUAAAUAGAUUAUCUGAAGGUAUAUGAUAAGGGCCUGCUUUCAAAGUUGCAAUUUGAUCAAUGCAAGCAAAAUAACUUCAAUAUUUUUGUUUACAAAGUGCCCAGACAGGCCCUAAAACCAUCGUAUUUAUCGGACAUCGAUGAACUCCUGAUAAUGUAAAUAUUUAUCAACAUUAUUUUUUAUAAUUUCGACUAGUAAUCUCGAUCUUAUUUAUUUGAUCAUAAAGUCGAUGUUUGUUUAUACAAUAAUUUUUUUCUUUAGUAAAUUCGGUCUAAGUACUAACAAAAUUGAAGCUUAACCAGGCUACGCUAUUAUUUAAUACUCGUGUUAUAUUUUAUUUUAGUAACAAUAUUGUUAUAUUCGUGUUUUAUUUUUAGAAACUUUUUUAAUGUUAUGAGGUCCCUAAUGUGUGUAGAUGAAAUCGAACAUUAAUAUUUUUGGUUGGUUAACAUGGAGCAAUUUAGGUACGUAAGUUUAAGAAAAUUAUUUGUAGCCUGUGUGAAGGAAGUGUUUAGUCUACAAGAUAAGUGAUUGCAAUGAGCAGAAUAUAAAUUGCCCCGUGUUAAUGAUAUUUACGGUACAGCACUGCACUGCCAGAACAAAAUGCUAUCCCUAUAUAACGGAAUUGAUACGAGUAUAAAGUAAUUAAGUAAUCUUGCCGGACUCACACAGGGACCUCUUAUUUAGUAAGACUGGUAUUAUUUGUAUAAUUGGCUUUAUUUACUUAGUUUAUUGGCUCAUGAUUUGUGAGACGUUCUAAAGUGCUAAAUUAUAAUGUGAAAUUGAAGCAAUGAAAUUAGUGUUAGUAUUCGCAUAAGUGGAUGUCAUUUGCUAAGUUUAAUUUUAAUGUUACUUAGCGCUAAUCAGUCUUAGGUCGUGCGUCUGUUGAGGAUUAUCAUUUACACGCCUAGUUUUGAUAAAAUGGAAAGUUAAAGUGUAAAUAUAAAUUCGAUAAUCGAUUGGCUAUUGGAGGGCUCGUGGCGCCACGAGUCAUUGCUGGAAUAACAUUGAAUUGAAUAAUAAAUUAUGUAGAUUGGACUUAAUGCGUGACUUGAUCGUGUGAGUGAUAAAUCUUAAUAGGAGCUAGUCGUAAUAUCAUUGCGAAUGUAAGUAUACAGUACACGUUGUGCCAUAGACUGGACUGGUUAUGCUAACUGCACAUAGUCAAGUUUUCAAGGAGAAACUCAAGCUUACAAAGUAAUCUCCGUCGGAAACAAGUUGAAAAUGUCGAUGAACGCACUUUAUAUGUAAAAAUAAAACUGUGAUUUUGUUCUCUUAUGCCACUUCGUUGACAAAUUCGGCCGAGUGACGCAAGAGAACAGACCCCUGAAAAAAUAUCAUUGAAAAUAUUGUGAUUUUAGAACAUAAUAAUUGAAAUAUCAAAAUGGGAAAUCAUAGAGAAUUUGAUUUACCUAUGCCGUGUGCAUAUCACCACACAUAGACUAAGUAAUGUUGCCAAAUGUAAAUAAUGUAGAUCUAAGUCUAGUCUAGGAUAUUUUCGUCUGAAUGUCAGAGUUUUAGGCUGUGGACACACUCACAGAACCUAGAUCAAUUAGAUCAAUAUGAGAUGAAUUUAUGGAACUGUAGAUGUGUUUCUCUACAAGGGUGAGAAGUGAGGCUGGUUGAUAGCUUAUGUAAAUCGCAUAUUGUCUUACAGAUAUCUAACUUUGUAGAGAAACAUUCUCCAGUUCAAUGUUGUUAGUAAAGGCCUAAUUCCAUUGUAAAUGUCCCGUGUGUUCACAGCUCUAGCAUAAACUAUUGUAAAAGAAGUAGUAAAAGUUAGAUUGUGUAGUGUUUAGACACUCUUUAGACAUUACGUUGAUGUCAAUACGUCGUGUCGUGUUUAGUCGAAUAACGAAUGUCUUAAUGGCCAUGUUUAUCAUUUAUUUUUUAUUUUAAAUUAACAAACGUGAACGUCUGUUGAAAUUUGAUGUAUUAAAAUAUAUUUUCUAGACAAA